AUGUUGCCUCACAACAAGGACCAGGGGCUGCUACAGAACACAGUCCCCCCAGGGUGUCUCCCUCAGGUCCUCUCACAGUUUGUGGACUCCCCUCCAUCCAGCUUAGCAUCUCUCUCUCAUCAGACUUUCCCGUCUUCCCACUUACCUUUGCCCACCACGACCCAGGCUUAUUUUUUCUCUUCUCUGACACAGACCCACUCUCCUGGACCUCACUUCUACUCUCCCGACUUGAAUCCUGAUUUUGUUCCUCUUCCUUACACUUCCUCUCUCCCAAGAACUUCGUGCUUUCGCCAAAACUAUACUUACAUUGGUGAAAAACUCCCCUCUCCACACUCCGCCUCUCCCUCCAACUAUCAGCUCUGUGUGUCUCCUCCUUUAACUGGCUCUUCCUCUCUUACCCAGCUACAGAAUUCCUCUCCUCACUCCUGCCAGUCCCCUUUCCGCCUCCAGGACUUUCCAAGAUCUAAGAUCACUUCCCCCAUCCCCAACUCACCUUCUGGAGGGAUUCAGAGUAGCAAGCAAGCGUGGCAAUGGACCCAGUCCAGAAGCAUCAGGUCCUCUGGGGGGAGAAGGGGGUGUGUGCCAAGCAAGGUGGACCCUGCAGAAUUCAAGGACCCAGGGGCCCUCGCCCAAGUCCUGGUGGCCAAUGUGGGGCACCGCAGAAUUGCAAGAGACCUGCAGCUAGAGUUUCUGCAGCGCCUGUGGCUAGGCACAAGCGGACCGGCCCCAGUUGUGGAGUACCCCGUAUGUCUAGUGUGCCUCCAGCCUCGUACCCCAUCUUGCCCCACCCUCAAGUACAAGACUAUACCUCGACUGCUUGCCUUCCCUCAACUACUGCCUCAUGCCCCGGGCCAGGAAUCUGGGCCUCUCCGAAUAGGCAUUGGUUUCGGCCUCCGCCUGCCUCGGGGCCAGGCCAAGGCUUUGCAUCUGCUGCCAAGAAAAUGUCCGAAGGGAGCAGAGUCUCAGGAAGAGGCCCUCCAGAGUCAAAAGCCAGCAACCAAGGCAUCAGUUCAAAUCACCGGCACACUCUUCCAAGCCGGGAGCCUCCGGUCUGUACACCUUCAAUCACCAAAACCCAGCCAGUGUUCCAGGUCUCUACUUCAGGAGCAAAGAGAGGGCACUGUGUCCCCAAAGCCCAGGCCUUCUGCCUAA